AUGUCGCUUAGUGGUGUUAUUUCUUCAACUGUCUCAACCGUGUUCAACAACAUUAUCAUCGUGGUCGACGAUGGAAACAUCAGCAGAAGAAAUGACAUCUCGCAACAGUACGACGACCCCAGACUUGAAAACGAUAUCACCAAUAACUUGAAUUUCAGUCAGCCCCUGGUUAUCUCUCUUACAACAGAAACCACUUAUGUGUACGUGAGUGAAGGAGUCGCAUCUGGCUUCAGCCAAGAGAAAAUCAUUUCCGUCAUGUGCAUGCUGGUCAUCUUCAGCAUCUUUGGUUGCCUGGGCAACGGUUUAGUCCUGUACGUGUUUACGAAGAAAAGCGACAAGGUCACGUCAACGAUCUUCAUCCUCGCCCUGGCCUGGACCGACUUUUUCACGUGUCUUAUCAUUAUGCCGUUUACAGUGACAAAUAUUGGAUUGGAUUCGCGUCUGUAUCUGGAUUUCUUAUGCAAAGCUUACGAGUUUCUGAUUACCAGCAACGUACCCUUGUCGGCUUUUAUCAUGGUGGCCAUUGCUGUAGACAGGUAUGUUGUCCUACGUCUGCCUGU